AUGUUCGCUCACAAUCUUGCGGUUUUGGCCUUGGCCAUCUCCACUCUCAAGGGAUGUGUUGCGCAGGGUGUUGUGCAGAAACACCCCCCCUCCAAUGGCCCCCCCUCCAAUAUCCCACCAGAGGAAGCGGCAGCUCUGGAGAGCAUUGUCGAAGAUGACCCAAACGACAUCUUCACCCUCAAGAAGUCCGAUUGGUUAAGCCCCGAGUACAACUUGAUCUACAAGGUGGCUCUGCCGAUCCCACCAGUGAAACAGCCGAAUAAGAUCAUCACCAACCCUGUCACUGGUAAGGACAUUUGGUACUACGAGAUGGAGAUUAAGCCCUUCACUCAGUCGGUGUACCCAAACCUCCGCCCUGCCAAGCUUGUGGGCUACGAUGGGAUAUCGCCUGGUCCUACCAUCAUCAUCCCAAGGGGCACUGAGAGCAUCGUACGCUUCGUCAACAACGCCGCGAUUGAGAACUCGGUUCACUUGCAUGGUUCUCCCUCCCGUGCCCCAUUUGAUGGAUGGGCCGAGGACGUGACGCAGCCGGGCGAGUACAAGGACUACUAUUAUCCCAACCAGCAGUCUGCUCGCAUGUUGUGGUAUCACGACCAUGCAAUGCACGUUACUGCCGAGAACGCCUACAUGGGUCAGGCCGGUGCCUAUCUGAUUGUCGAUCCAGCUGAAGAUGUACUUGGCCUUCCAAGCGGAUACGGCGUCCACGACAUCCCUUUGGUGCUCUCAUCGAAGCAGUAUAAUAGCGACGGCACUCUCUUCUCCACCAACGGUGAGACUGACAGCUUGUGGGGAGACGUCAUCCAUGUCAAUGGGCAACCCUGGCCAUUUUUGAAUGUCGAGCCACGAAAGUAUCGCCUCCGCUUCCUCAACGCAGCCGUUUCUCGGUCGUUUGCUCUCUACUUCGCCUUGACUGAGAGCCCGAAUGCCAAACUUCCCUUCCAGGUCAUUGCCUCUGAUGCCGGCCUCCUCGGCCACCCAGUCCAGGUGUCUCACAUGUAUCUUUCCAUGGCCGAGCGCUAUGAGAUUGUCUUCGACUUUUCCAGCUACGCGGGCAAAGCAAUCGAGCUUCGAAACCUUGCCAAGGCUGGAGGCAUCGGCACCGAUGAUGACUACGAGAACACUAAUAAAGUGAUGCGAUUUAUGGUUGGCUCUGGCCCCCUCGCUCAGCCAGACACCUCCGUGGUGCCUGCGACCCUCCGAGAGGUUCCAUUUCCGCCGGCAUCCACGGGGAUCGACCACCACUUCCGCUUCCACCGCACAAAUGGCGAGUGGCGUAUCAACGGCGUCGGUUUUGCUGAUGUCCAGAACCGCAUGCUGGCCAACGUUCCUCGUGGCACAGUUGAGAUUUGGGAGCUCGAGAAUAGCUCAGGCGGCUGGUCGCACCCGAUCCACGUUCACUUGGUGGAUUUCAAGGUCUUGUCGCGCACUGGAAACCGCGCUGUUAUGCCCUACGAAGCCGAAGGCCUCAAGGAUGUUGUGUGGCUGGGCCGUGAAGAGACUGUCCUUGUCGAAGCGCACUAUGCUCCGUGGGAUGGCGUCUACAUGUUUCACUGCCAUAACCUCAUCCACGAGGACAACGACAUGAUGGCUGCCUUCAACGUCACAGCUCUUCCGGACUUCGGAUACAACGAGACCUCGUAUAUCGACCCAAUGGAAGAACGAUGGAGGGCCAAGCCAUACCAGAUCGCUGAUUUGAGGGCACGCACUGGUGUAUUCAGCGACCAGGCGAUCACGGAACGAGUUCAGUUCAUGGCCAGCCUCGACCCCUACGGCCAUGUUGAGGAGAUGGGCAACGCGCUUGAUGAGUAUUAUGGACGUGGUGCUUCGGCAGGGGCUCGCGACUUGGAGCACAGUCCAGAGCCGAUCCCACACUACCGGAGAUUCCAGACCUAA